AUGGAUGUCUUAUUUCGUCAGUUGGGCGGGACUAGUGACUACGGCACCUGGCGAUGGGCGUUGACACGGCUCGAGGGGCUGCUCAGUGAUUGUCGGUUGUUGGACAAUACGACAACGGUAGCGGGUUUAGUGCAGCGCUUGCUGUCGUACUUUAUAUCGGAUGAGGAGACAAAGGAGAGAACGCAGUACAGUUCGGUUAG